AAAAAAGAAAAGCAAUGUAGCGGACGGACGUCGUUUCGACUUUUCUAUUCCGUCAUGCAAUAAUUUUUGUCAUUCAUGAAUUCGUCGUCAAAAAAUAAUUUAAAUGGUGUCACGUAUGUGAACAUUAGAUAAAAGUAGUUAUUAUAAUGUGUUAGUAUUUCAUUUUACAUAGUUCAACUUUAUAGAUCUUAUAUGAUAGGUGUGUGACAAGUUCAGUAAUGGUGGCCAUGUCAUGAAAAUCCCAACAGCCAUGGAUGAUAGCUCCGUAUCUCAUCACAACGGAGGGCAAGUGGGAUCUCAAAUUGGAGUCAGUGUAAAUAAUAAACAAAAUGAUGAACCUAGCCAAAGUGUCCAGUAUUCAAUACCGGGUAUCUUACAUUUUAUUCAACACGAAUGGGCGAGAUUCGAGCUCGAGAGAUCACAAUGGGAGGUGGAUAGAGCGGAAUUUAAGGCACAAAUCGCCUUUCUCCAAGGAGAAAGGAUGGGGCAGGAGAAUCUUAAAAACGACCUCGUGAGGCGAAUCAAAAUGCUAGAGUAUGCAUUGAAGCAAGAGAGAGCUAAGUUUCAUAAACUUAAAUAUGGGGUGGAGCUACAGCAAGGUGACAUACGGUCAGAGCCUGAGCCUCCGAUGGAGCCUAAGCCUCCUGUGGAUCCUGAACCAGCUGAGAGGGCUCAGUGGAAGCAGGGUCGUCAGCUUAUCAAACAGUACCUGCAGGAAAUAGGAUAUACUGAUACAAUACUUGACGUUCGUUCGAACCGAGUAAGGAACUUAAUCGGACUUAACAAUGAGGAGCAAAUGGAGCUCUACACAAAUUGUGAGAAACAACAAAGUGAUAGAUGUGACUAUUCCAUAAACUCUAUGGUUCGGAAAUAUGACUAUGGUAAAGAACAAAGAAAAGCGGUACCUUCUAGUGGCCGCUUUGGAGAAGAAGGGCUUUCUGUUCAAGAAACUGCUGCCGUGUUUGCCAACUUCGAAUUUUUGGCCAACCAAGAGAUGGACAUGGAUGAAAUUGAUGACUUAGAUGCUAAACAACCUCACCAUGCACCUGGUAAACAAGGAGAAGAGGUGGAUCAUGAAAGUGAAGAGGUACUGAAUGAAUUGAACACGCUCACAGAAAGCGAAGUAGACGGCGGUGGUCAAGGUGACGAGUACCCAGUUGUGAAAUUCCCUGGCGGUACAUCGGGUGGUCCAGUUCCGGCGGGUGUUGGUGGUGAGUCAGACGAGGAGCCGCUAGCGUUGGGCGAGCUCGCGCAGCUGACAGUCAGCAACGAGCCCGAGGCUUAUGACGUCGCCAGCGCCAACAAGGAGUCCUUCCGGAAGACGUGGAACGCUAAAUACACGCUGCGAUCGCACUUUGAUGGGGUCCGAGCGUUAGCUUUCCAUCCAUCCGAAGCGGCUUUAGUGACCGCCUCCGAGGAUCACACAUUGAAGCUGUGGAACCUUCAACGUACAGUUCCGGCGAAGAAGUCCGCCAGUUUGGAAGUGGAACCGCUUUAUACGUUCCGUGCGCACACUGGGCCCGUGCUCUGUCUCGCGAUGGGCGCUCCACGUUCCGAAGAAUGUUUCUCCGGCGGGCUCGAUGGCACUAUACGCGUGUGGAAUCUGCCACCGCCGACCGCAGACCCUUAUGAUCCUUACGACCCGGCUGUGCAGGGUCCGGUGUUGCGCGAGCACACGGACGCGGUGUGGUCGCUGGCGGCGGCUCACGGGCGGCUGCUGUCCGCGUCGGCGGACGGCACGGCGCGCCUGUGGGCGCCGCGCGUGCCCCGCCCCCUGCUGUCCACGCUGAGGGACGAGCAGGCGGCCGCCGCGCCCGCCGCCGCCGAUUUCGCGGACUCGGCCACGCGCGCCGCCGUCGUGUACGUGGACGGCACGCUCGUGCUCUACGACCUGGAGACGGGACAGGCGGUGUUGCGCGUGCCGUGCGACAGCGGCGCGACCCGUGUGCGCGCCCACCCGACGCGGUCGCUGCUGGUGACCGCGCACGAGGACCGGCACAUCAGGUUCUGGGACGCGGUGUCCGGCCGGUGCGCGCACGCGAUGGUCGCCCACCUGGACGCGGUCACCGGCCUCGCGCUAGACCCCAACGGCCUGUUCCUGCUGUCCGGCUCGCACGAUUGCUCGGUGCGCCUCUGGAACCUGGACACGAAGACCUGCGUCCAGGAGAUCACCGCCCACCGCAAGAAGUUCGACGAGAGCAUCCUCGACGUCGCGUUCCAUCCGCUCCGGCCGUACAUCGCCAGCGCCGGCGCCGACUGCCUCGCUAAAGUCUUCGUUUGAGCGAGCGAUAUUAUUUAUAUAUAUAUAAAUAAGCUAUAUAUAUAUAUAUAAAA